GAACAAUUACGAGGCAGUGCUGUGAAGGUUUAUGAACCUUUACAAACUAUUUUAAACUGUUAUAAAGCUAUAAGAUCUUACAACACAUUAUUAAGGUUAUGAAGCUUUAUGGAAUAUGCAGCACUGUAAGGUGUUCUGAACCAUUGAAUCAGAUGUUGUGAAAUCUUAUGAAGCUUAAUGAGUUGUUAUUAAAGUCGUCCAAUGAAGCUAUGCUACAAAGCUUUAAGAGACAAUAUAAGCUCAUAUGAUAUUUUAUGAAGGGUUAUGAAGCAUCUUGAAGUGUUUUGAAGCUUUAUGAGGCACUGUAAGGUGUUAGAAAGCUUCAUCAGACAUACUGGACCACUAUAAAGCAUUAUAAAGUGUUAUGAAACUUUAUGAAGCUUUAUAAGCUCUAAUGGAGCUGUAUGAAGUGUUAUAAGAAGUAUUAUGAGGGCAGUGUAAGGUGUUUCAAAGCUUUGCAAGGCAUACUAAGGAAUAGAGAAGAAUUAAGAGGUGAAUCAUUAAGCCGUUAUACAGCUCUGAGAUAUUAUAAGAGUCAGGAAAUCUUUUGAAUUAUCUGUAAGUUGAUAUAGUGGUUUGUUGACCAUUUUGUCACCUGUCAGUCUUCAUCUGCGGGUGAAUGAGACACAGACAUCAGAGAACAUCCUGACACUAGUCAAUUAGAGGAUUACUGAGCGGUGAAUGUACAUGGGUUUACCAAGCUACACUACAGGGACAUACUUGCCUCCAGAAGAGAACUAAAUCUGACGAAUCUUUGCUAAUUGUGUUAAGUUUAACGACUGCUUCCUGUAAAUUAUGGAUGAAUUGAGUGCCGUAAUUGGAUUCUGUAGACCUUCAUGUUGAUUACAGUAUGUUUGGAGAGUUGGCAAGGUCUGACUGACUUCACAAAAUCAUCCACUCAUUAAUUAAAUGGUAACUAAUGUGAUAAACUUGCUGUUGGAGUGUGCUUUCACACAUAGAUGGUUUGAGAAGGUGCCAAGCAUGGUGAGAACAUUGGGUGGUUGCAGUGGUGUUCGGGAUUAAAGGCAUUGUGGGCUAAUCAGUCAUGAGGGGCAGCACUGGGUCUCUUAUAUAACACACAGUAAUCCUCCUCCUAGGACGGUUAUUCAUGGGACAGGUGGACUCAUGAUUGACCAGGGGCUCGUUUUCUGAGGUUUACCUGGUGCGAGAGAGAAAGACGGGGAGCUUCUACGCCCUGAAGUGUGUGAAGAAGAAACAGCUGCACCACUCCAACCUUGAGAACGAGAUCAAAGUGCUGAAGAGGAUAAAGCAUGAUAAUGUGGUGGGGCUGGAAGAUUUCUACGAAACGAGGACACACUAUUACCUGGUCAUGGAGCUGGUGUCGGGUGGAGAGCUCUUCGACCGUAUUCUGGAUCGAGGUGUUUACACGGAAAAGGACGCCAGCUGUGUGAUCAAACAGGUCCUGGAGGCCGUUUCCUACCUGCAUCAGAACAGCAUCGUCCACAGAGACCUGAAGCCUGAGAACCUGUUGUACUACAGUCCAGAGGAGAACGCCAAGAUCAUGAUCAGCGACUUCGGUCUGUCCAAGAUGGCUGAUCACGGUGUGAUGUCCACAGCCUGCGGAACACCAGGAUAUGUUGCUCCGGAGGUUCUGGGUCAGAAACCGUACAGUAAAGCUGUGGACUGCUGGUCUAUCGGAGUCAUAACCUACAUCUUGCUGAGCGGCUACCCGCCGUUUUAUGAGGAGAACGAAACGCGCCUGUUCUCCAAAAUCAUGAAGGCAGAAUACGCCUUCCACUCUCCGUACUGGGACGAAAUCUCUGAGUCAGCAAAGGACUUCAUCAGGCACAUGCUGGAGAAGAACCCUAACAAACGCUUCACCACCGAACAAGCACUCAGUCAUCCAUGGAUCAGUGGAGACACGGCACACAAUGACAACAUCAUUCAUUCGGUCUGUGAGCAGAUGCAGAAGAACUUUGCCAGAUCUAAAUGGAAGCGGGUCAUUAACGUGACGGUGGUGGUCAGUCACAUGCGGCGGCUCCAGCUGGCACACGCUGACCCUCUGGCCCCGGCCCCGCUCAUCCAGGUGCUGGACGUGUCGUCUCCCGGCCCGCCCCCCAAUGAGCUGGACACCAAUGGGAACCCCUCGUGCAGUCACAUGACCCUGUCGCCUCACGCUGAUGUCAGCAGGGGGCGGAGCCAGCUCAAGGCCUGCAAGAGCGAGCCGAUGCACGCGCUGGUCGUCAGUGAGACGGGGCAACACACGUAUCACUCCGAGUCCGACCUGCCCUGCGCCGCUAACAGAUCAGACAAAGUGACAUGUUGCACAGAUGGGCGGGGCCAGUCCCUGCAGACCGGGGUUUGCUCUGUGAUGUAACCGUCUGAUUGACAGCUGUCAGUCAAAUGAAAUCCUGCGCUCGUAGGAUGAUCAAGUGUGUGUUUUUCACAGUCAUUUCGGGAUCCAUCGCAAGCCGAGUGCCAAUCGCUCACACACACGUCUAUGUCUCAAAUCUUCAUCUCUCACUAGCGAAAGUGUCAUUUUGAGGAGUUCGAGAAUAUCAUUUCUUUCAGGAAUUCAGGAUGAGGCAGGUUUAUUGUAUUAUUAUCAUACGAUAGUCGUAUUUGGGCCAAUGGCGGUGCAUCAUGGGAAGGGCGGAUCACAUGUGCCACUGUUUUACUGUGAACGGCUGCAGGUUUGAGUGUUUUUAAGCUAAGAACUGUGUUUAAAUCUUAUUUUCUUAUUUUAAACACGCUGUUGUAUUCUCUAUAUUUAUGUUUUAUAAAUGCAUAUGAGAUUAUUGUAUCUGAUAUUAAGAGGCUUAUUACAUGCCCUGCUGUAAUCCAUAAACACGCUGCUGUAUGUCUGUAUUAAAAAACAUAAAAUGAUUUACACACCAACAUAAUA